GCGCAUCAUUUUCUGACUGCACUAAUCUGGAAGCUCUCUCAUUGGGCUCGUGGCAUCGCCUGGUGCCCGCGUGCCAGAAGACUACUGUCCCAAUUUUUCAACUCAGGAUAAGACAUUUAAGUCUAUAUCGACGAUUAUACUAACUUUUAAAUAUUGUGUGAAAGUUCUGGCAUAUCGACGUUUUUGGGGACUCGGUGGCAUCAGUCGGUUGCUUCGUUUUACAUUAGGAUAACCGUAUUUUGAUCUAGUCCAUUUUUUUUCUCGAGAACGGAUAACGAGGAGGAAGACACUUCGACCAUGGUUGUGUUUACACAGAAUGACUGAAACUAUAUUUCCAAAGAGCAACCGAUGCGAGGGACAACGCGAGGGACGAGUACAUUUAUGGAUGGUCUUGGUAGGGCACAUUGGAUCUCCAUUACUGUGUGAAUAGCCUACAAUUGACUUUUGCUUCCAGGACUCUACCUUUCGUUCUUCCUUUUGGGUCUGGAGUUUGUGGUUCUGUCUCUCUGGGAUUGUAGUUUUGAGGGAGAGUGUGGUGUCAUGUCUUGGAUAUAGACCUUGCUAUGAGUCUGGCGUGGAAAGUACCUCGUGGAAGGUGUGCAGCGGGCUACAGACUGGAAGGACUCGACAUCGGCAACUGAUAGGCUACCCCCGUUUUUACCGAGCGUAAUGCACCUGGCAUGAAGACAGAGAAUGGAUAUUAUUUGGGAACUAUUUAUUAUUCUUCACGCCAAUUUCAUCAUCUGUGUAUCAGCUCAGCCAAAUGCACCUAAAAUACAUGAUGGAUGGUGGGCAUACAAGGAGGUGGUUCAGGGGAGCUUCGUACCAGUGCCGUCAUUCUGGGGGCUAGUGAACUCAGCGUGGAACCUGUGCUCCGUGGGGAAGAGGCAGUCUCCCAUCAACAUCGAGACCAGCCACAUGAUCUUUGACCCCUUCCUCACGCCCAUCCGGCUCAACACGGGAGGACGCAAGGUGGGCGGGACCAUGUACAACACGGGUCGCCACGUCUCACUGCGAAUGGACAAGGAGCACCUGGUGAACAUCUCCGGCGGACCAAUGACGUACAGCCACCGCCUGGAGGAGAUCCGGCUGCACUUCGGGAGCGAGGAUGGACAGGGCUCUGAACACCUGCUCAACGGACAAGCCUUUUCAGGAGAGGUUCAACUUAUACACUACAACCACGAGCUGUAUACCAACUACACAGAGGCGGCGAAGAGCCCCAACGGACUGGUCAUAGUGUCUAUAUUUAUGAAGAUUGCGGAGACUUCGAAUGCAUUCCUGAAUCGAAUGUUGAAUAGAGACACCAUCACAAGAAUAACAUAUAAAAAUGAUGCAUAUUUGCUGAUGGGCCUGAACAUCGAGGAGAUUUACCCAGAAACCUCUAGUUUUAUCACAUAUGACGGGUCGAUGACCAUCCCGCCUUGCUUUGAGACGGCCACAUGGAUCCUGAUGAAUAAGCCAGUGUACAUCACACAAAUGCAGAUGCACUCCUUACGACUGUUGAGUCAGAACCAGCCGUCUCAGAUCUUCCUGAGUAUGAGCGACAACGUUCGCCCGGUCCAACCUCUGAACAACCGCUGUAUCCGGACCAACAUCAACUUCAGCAUGCAGGGCAAAGACUGUCCCAACAACAGGGCCCAGAAGCUCCAGUACCGAGCCAAUAUAUCUGGGCAACUGCUGCACAAAAUGUGAAUUUUACCCCUGAAGCGUAUAUACAGUGAGGGCAAGAGUGAAUGAGUGGCUGCUAAAGUAGUCUCUCUUGGGUGAGCACAGAAACAAGACACAAUGACAGAGACAGGAGGGGGAUAUGAGAGAGAGAGAGAGAGAGAGAGAGAGGGAGAGAGAGAGAGAAGGAAGGAAGGAAGGAAGGAAGGAAAGAAGGAAAGAAAGAAGGAAGGAAGAAAACAACUGGAAACCGCACCAAGGCUGCAUCUCAUCUAAGAUUAUUUCAUGUAAAAAGAGAAAAAAAUGAAACUGAACAUUAUCAAGUAAAAGACUUUGUGUUGCUUUGCAAAGAGACGACUACUUUUCAUACGUACAUCGAGAACUAUUUGAAUUCCAACACAUACUAACUGACACGUCCAGUACAAAUAUAUCUAUUACGAAACCUGUUUUGAUACUGAUACUUUUUUGGGAGAUAACAAAAUGUUUAAAACACAAAAACACUGAAGCAUUUAUUUCAUACAGCCUCUUCUUCACACGGACUGAGUAGGACUGAUUGGGACUUUUAGCCUUUGUACAUAGACACCUUGCUACCAAUGAGAUCUUAAGGACUUAUCAAGACGACGCCCCCUAGUGGUUUAGACAGAGAAAGUCUUCAAGGCUCAUAGCUGCGUCGUCAUCACCGUCACUUACAAGGCAUGCCGACUGCAACAAGCCAAGAGAGCUAGACCUUACAGCCUUGUAAUAGCAGGUCAUUAUCAAAGCAACAACAGGAAAGGAUCUUCUGUCUAACUGAUGAACCGAUGAGUGUCUUGGCCUUUGUUGUAUAUAGUAUAAUUAUCAGUACUGCUGAAAAACUGAAUAUGUAAAGAAAAAUACAAAUAAACAUUUUAAAAGAUAUAUUAAGAGGAUAAAAAAAAGAUGAGUAUUUUAAAGGCCCAGUGCAGUCAAAAAUGUGAUUUCUUGUGUUUUAUAUUUCCACACUAUGAGGUUGGAAUAAUACUGUGAAAUUGUGAAAAUUCUGAUAAUGCCCUUUUAGUGUAAGAGCUGUUUGAAAAGACCACCUGUAAUUUCAGCCUGUUUUGGUGGGAUGGAGUUUUGGCCUUCCUGGUGACAUCACCAUGCAGUAAAUUAGUUAAUAGACCAAAAGAGUUCCAAACCUCUCAGACAAUAACAGAUAAUUGUCUGUUUUUCCCCUCCCCAAUCAGACCAAUCCCAGACACGUCUAGCAAAAUUCUUGCUUGAGAAAUUGCCCUUUGCUAAGAAGCUAUUUUUUGGCCAUUUUAAUUGAAAAUAAAUCACAGUAAGGUACUUAAUUGUUAUCCAGAAAUGAUUUGAUAUUGAGAUGAACACUGGCUGCAAUGGACCUUCAAACGCUUGGUUCACUUUGAAUUGUGGAAGCAGUUCUGAGCUGAAGCCUGUUUUAUUGCUUACAAUGGUCUUACACUGUGUUUGAGUAAUGUUAUCAGCCCAAUAAAUGUGUCUGGAAAGUUCACUUUGGAAAAUA